AUGGCUAGAGCUAUUGUUUCCUGUCCCCGAAACUAUCUGGUUUCAUUCAUUCUCGAAUGGAUACAGCAGGAGACGAGGCUAGUUGUUGGUGUUGACGAAGAAGUUAAAAAGCUCACAAGCAAUCUUGACGCUAUUGAAGCUGUGUUUCUUGAUGCAGAGGAGAGAGAAGUGAAGGAGAGAGAUGUCAGACUUUGGUUAGAUCGGCUCAAGUACAUGUCUUAUGACAUUGAAGACGUGUUGGAUGAGUGGAACUAUGUUAUGUUGAAACAGCAAAUUGUGGGGGUUCUUGCUAAGAAGGUACGUCUUUCCUUUCCCUCUUCCUCUUCAUACCAACAAGUUGGGUUACGUCAUGAAAUUGCGGUCAAGAUAAAGGAAUUCAAUGAAAAGUUAGAUGUCAUUGUGAACAAAAAGACAUCUACGAUUUUAAAGUGA